UUCCCGAAAAUGAGCAAAAUCCAGCUACAGACAAAGUCGACCUUCUAGCAUCUCCACAUGUCCCUACCUCUACACACCAUUUCUCUCAGAACUAAGCCAUGACUCUGCUCUCACAGAUUAUUCUUUCUCUCUUUGAAGGCAUCGUCACCACUUGACGUGUACACUCUCCUACAUCUUCUUCUUCUUCUUCUUCUUCUUCUUUGUCUCUGUUUAUUGGUACUUGGUAGGUAGUCAAACCAACCUGGGUUUCAUCUCUGUACAGUUCAAUUUUGAUCAUGAUUAAUGUAUUAAGAAACCCCAUCAUCAUUCGAACAUCCACAAAAUCAAAUUCAAUCAUCCUCAGUUCUCAUGGCAAACAAAACCCAAACCUUUCAUCAACAUCUUCUUCUUCUUCGAUUCAGAUUCCAACAACAAAUAAUCCAUUAAAUCCCAAGACCCACCUCUUAAAACCCAUCAUUUUGACUCCUAAGCUCCCAUUGAGAAAAACAAGAAUCGUUAAAAAGAGAAUUGAAAAAGAGGAUGAAGCAGAGUUGUUGAAAGUAGGUACUAGUGGUCGUGGGAUGUUGAUUUUGUGUGGAUUUGGGUAUUGGGUUCAAGGAUUUAGAUGUUUUCCAUGGUUAGGACUGAAUUUUGAUAUGGCUAAUACACUUAACCUAAAUCCGUCGACAUUGCAGUUGGUUCAGAAUGUUGCUAUCUUACCUAUGGUUGCCAAACCUCUAUAUGGGAUUUUAUCUGAUGCUGUCUACAUUGGAGGGGCUCAUAGAUUGCCUUAUAUUUCCAUUGGAGCACUUUUGCAGGUUCUCUCUUGGGGUUCACUUGCGUUAAUCCCAGUUAAGGGGGAUGCACUUCCAAUAUUGAUGGCGUGUAUGCUGCUUGGUAACCUUGGAGCAUCGAUUACAGAAGUUACAAAAGACGCCCUUGUUGCGGAGUAUGGACAAAAACAGAAAAUUAGAGGCCUGCAGUCUUACGCAUUCAUGGCUCUCGCUGCUGGGGGAAUGUUUGGAAACUUAUUUGGUGGAUACUUCUUAAGCAAAACACAACAACCCAAUUUCAUGUUUCUAUUGUUCACGCUCUUACUUUCUUGUCAGCUAGCACUUUCCGUAACAUCAAGAGAGGAUUCCCUUGGCUUACCAGGACCCCCGGGUAACUAUAUCCUAAAGAAGUCGUUCUUUCAAAAUCUACAGAAGCAGUUUCUGGAUAUCAUCACAAUUAUAAGUGAUGAGAGUAUUUUACGCCCUCUCUGUUGGAUUGUAGCUUCAAUUCUUGUGGUUCCCAUUCUAUCAGGAACCGUUUUCUGCUAUCAAACACAAUGCCUAAAGCUGGAUGCUUCAGUUAUUGGGAUGUCUAAAGUUGUUGGUCAACUGAUGCUUCUACUUGCAACUGUGUUAUAUGAUCGAUACUGGAAAAGAAUUCCAAUAAGAACGCUAAUAAGCAGGGUUCAGAUUGUGUAUGCAACAUUGCUUCUCCUUGAUCUGAUACUUGUAGGACAGAUAAAUCUCAAAGUUGGAAUUCCAAACAAGGCCUUUGUUUUGUGCUUAUCUGGCUUAGCAGAAACUGUUGCUCAGUUCAGGCUCCUACCUUUCUCAGUGUUAUUUAUGAAUCUCUGCCCACCAGGAUUCGAAGGGUCACUUGCUUCCUUCCUAGGUUCAGCCUUUUGUUUGUCUUCAAUAAUUAGUGGCUUUUUAGGUGUUGGAUUGGCUUCUCUGCUAGGAGUAUCAUCUGGCGAUUUCCUGAAUUUGAAACUGGGCAUUAUACUACAGUUUGUUGCAGCUUUGGUUCCUUUGGGGUGGAUUGCUUAUUUACCCAUGUCACGUUCAGGAGAGGAAAAGAAAAAGAAGAAAAGUAUAAGAAGAAUGAAGAAAAGAGAACAUAAAAGAAAAUAAGAGACAGAAAUGGAAAAGGUUAAUCUGGAGUAUUAAAUCAGACUGAAACGCAACAGAUGCCAUGUUUAAGACAGUGCAGAAUUAAGAUUUACUGAGGGAAGACUCUUUCGUAUGCUGUCAUAUAAUCUGUGGUUUCCCGUUCCUGAUAAACACGUUCAUAAGAAAAUGGGUUUCUGGUUAUCAAAAGGAUCGGAACAAUAUCAAGUAAAUGUGGAUUCAAUCUAGAUUUUCGUUGAUUCAACUUGGAAAAGCUGCUGACACACUCGUGGUGUUUUUCAUGCGCAAUGAAUCAUCCGAAAUUUGAGACAAUUGUCCUGAUGGAUGUUCCUGGCAUUGGAACCGGAUCGAAGACCUAAAUUGAUCUGCGUCGUCAAAGAAGAUUACAAGAGUUUCCAUCCACACUGAAGUUUAAUAGGCCCAAUUUCCUUUGCAUUUUGGCCUUCAAAAGAGAGCUGUCUGUGGGUUGUGAUGUCAAGAUCGACAAGAAUCAAACUUUACUAUGAAAAAAUUCUAUGCGAGCAUGUUUACAUAUCUCGGACACAAUGGCAAAACGAGGUGCAUUUCUUAAUGAAGGACAGCGUGAAUGAUCCCCAUGGGAAGCCAAUGUUCCUUCUUGGAGUGAGAUUUCUUGGUGCUAAGUAUCAUAGGAUCAUGUAAAGUUGUUUUUCAAGUAUUCAUUUUUUCAUUGUGCCCUUAUCCUGUAAAUAUUGAUUGUGAGUUAAAAAUAUCAGUAUUAUCAAUUUUGA